AUGAUUUUUUUAAUUCUCUUAAUUCUACAUUGGUGCAUAAGUGAAGAAAGUCAUAUAACAGCUCAUAAAUAUCAUGCUGAACUUGUUGCUGAAUUUGAAGCUUUAGAAAAACCUCUUGAUAGUAAAAAAGUUGAAGCUGAACUAACAGAUUUAACAGAUUUAACAGAUUUCGAGAGUAGCAAUAAUGGUGAUGAUAAAAAUCAAGAUAGUUCAUCCAAUUCAAAAAAAUAUCAACAUAUAAAAAAUCAAGAUUCUGAAAGUACUAUGAAUUUAGAUUUUAUUGACAAAAUUGUCAAAAUUACAUUCACUGAUGAAGAAAUUUCGUUACUUUUUCUGAAUCCAAAAAGAAAUCGCAAAAAUCAAACAGCAAAUUAUUAA